GCAGACCGGUCACUCCACAGAGAGCAGCCGCACAGGCGGACACAAGCUGUGCAGGUCCCCGCAAUGCCAGUCGGAUUGUAAGCCGCCCGGUUCACCCCGUGAAAAGGAAAAGAAAAGGACACAUUAAAAGACCCCUUUUCCCAUCUUAACCACAGACUAUCGGUCUGAAACGGGCAGGAGAAACAAAAAGAGACAUCGUUAAUUUGGAGUAAAGCGCGUCCUCCGGUGCAGCCAGCUAUAAGAGGAUUGCUGUAUCCCAAGAACUGCAACGCCGCGUGAAGUGUGUUUAGACGGGAAACAUGUCAUUGUCUGGGAAAGAAAAUAGCACUACCCCUCAUGCCAAUUACGUGGGACCAUACCGCUUAGAAAAGACCCUCGGGAAAGGACAGACAGGCCUCGUAAAGCUCGGAGUCCACUGUGUCACAUGUCAGAAAGUCGCCAUAAAGAUUGUAAACCGAGAAAAGCUCAGCGAAUCAGUGUUAAUGAAGGUGGAGCGAGAGAUCGCCAUCUUGAAGCUAAUAGAACACCCACAUGUAUUAAAGUUGCACGAUGUCUACGAAAAUAAGAAAUAUUUAUAUUUGGUUUUAGAGCAUGUGUCAGGCGGCGAGCUGUUUGACUAUCUGGUAAAGAAGGGCAGAUUAACACCCAAAGAAGCUCGAAAGUUCUUCAGACAGAUCAUCUCAGCUCUGGACUUCUGCCACAGUCACUCAAUAUGUCACAGGGACCUAAAGCCGGAGAACCUGUUGCUGGAUGAGAAGAAUAACAUCAGGAUAGCAGACUUCGGCAUGGCAUCUCUGCAGGUGGGGGACAGUCUGCUGGAAACCAGCUGUGGAUCUCCUCAUUAUGCGUGUCCUGAAGUGAUCCGGGGAGAGAAGUAUGAUGGAAGGAAAGCAGACGUUUGGAGCUGUGGGGUCAUUCUGUUUGCUCUGUUGGUGGGCGCUCUGCCGUUUGACGAUGAUAAUUUACGAAACUUGUUAGAAAAAGUGAAGCUGGGAGUGUUUCACAUGCCCCAUUUUAUUCCACCGGACUGCCAGAACCUUCUGCGAGGGAUGAUUGAGGUCGAAGCCGGCAAACGGUUAACGCUAGAGCUGAUCCAGAAGCACACGUGGUACAUAGGGGGGAAAAAUGAACCAGAACCGGAGCAGCCGGUACCCCGGAAGGUGGCGAUCCGCAGCGUCCCUUCAGCCGACGACAUCGACCCCGACGUUCUGGAGAGCAUGCACUCACUAGGGUGCUUCCGUGACAAGAACAAGCUGAUGAAGGAUCUAUUAUCUGAAGAUGAAAAUCAAGAGAAGAUGAUCUAUUUCCUUCUGUUGGAUCGUAAGGAGAGAUACCCCAGCCAUGAAGACCAGAACCUUCCUCCUCGCAAUGAUAUCGAUCCACCACGGAAACGCGUCGACUCGCCCAUGCUGAACAGACACGGGAAGAGGAGGCCGGAGAGGAAGUCUAUGGAGGUGUUGAGCGUUACGGAUGGAGGUUCACCUGUACCGGCAAGAAGAGCCAUCGACAUGACGCAGCAUGGACAGAGUAAGAACGUGUUCAGUAAAAGCUUGGAUAUCUCGGAUGCCAAACGCAAACCAAAGAGCAAAGAGGAAAGGUCACGGUCCAUCAGCGGCGCGUCCUCUGGUCUCUCCACCAGCCCUCUCAGCAGCCCUCGGGUGACCCCCCACCCCUCUCCAAGGGGCAGCCCUAUCCCUACCCCCAAAGGAACACCUGUGCACACGCCUAAGGACAGCCCAGCAGGAACGCCAACCCCUACGCCACCCCCCAGCCCCUCCAUUGGGGGAAUGCCCUGGAAGACUCGCCUCAACUCCAUCAGGAACAGCUUCCUGGGCUCGCCGCGCUUUCACCGCAGGAAACUGCAAGUUCCCACUCAAGAGGAAAUGUCCAGCCUCACGCCAGAGUCUUCCCCAGAACUUGCCAAAAAAUCUUGGUUUGGUAACUUCAUCAACCUAGAGAAAGAGGAACAGAUCUUUGUGGUUAUUAAGGACAAGCCACUGAGCUCUAUAAAAGCCGACAUCGUCCACGCCUUUCUCUCGAUUCCCAGCCUCAGUCACAGCGUCGUCUCACAGACGAGUUUUAGGGCCGAGUACAAAUCUACAGCCGGCCCCACCGUCUUCCAAAAGCCUGUUAAAUUCCAGGUAGACAUCACGUACACUGAGAGCACCGCGGCCACCAAGGAGAACGGCAUCUAUUCAGUCACCUUUACUCUGCUCUCAGGUCCAAGUCGGCGUUUUAAGCGGGUGGUAGAGACGAUUCAGGCGCAGUUGUUAAGCACACACGACCAGCCAGGGGUCCAACAGCUGUCUGGCAGCCCAUUGAGUAACUUCUUUGACGUAAUUAAACAACUUUUUUCAGACGAGAAGAAUGGCCAGGUGCCUCUUCCACCUGGCACGCCCAACAGACACCCAUCUAACGCCCGUCGCCAUGACCCUCAGCCUAGUGACUCUAAAUGCCCGGCGGGCAAUCCCAGGGACAAUGCCAAGCUGGUGGCAUCCUUUGGGAUACAGGAGCAGCCCUAAAACUUUACCAAUCAAGCUUUUUCAAACAUACCCACAUAAAAGCACUCAAAAAUGUACAUAAUCUUAGAGGUGGUGGAAUUUAUAUUUGGACAAACUUUUUGUAUGAUGGAAUGACUGUUGAAAAAACAAGUUAUGACCCAAAUCCAGGCACAUUUCCUCUUUCACCGUCUUUGCCAUGUCAGUUUGCCAGCCUCUUCCCGAACCCCUGUUGUUUCUACCCCAGAUGUGUUCAUGUCUUUACGUCUACCUUCCCGUUUUCCUCACCUUUGUGACGGCUUGUCUUUGCUGCUAGGAAUUAUCCAGAAAACGUAUUAAAACGCUGCCCCACUUCCCUGCACAUCCUGUGACGGACAUUUAUUGACAGACGGCACUUUUCCUGACGAACAAGCAGGUUACCAAGGAGAUGGACACUUCAUCCUUCGUCAUACUCUUCCCUUCCCACUCUCCAGUCUCUCUAUGGUUGACAAGGACUAAAAUACAAAUACACACACUACUUGCCGCUCAACCGCCUGUGUGCUCCCUUGCCAUCAUCUCAGCAUCCUAACCUGUUAAAAUGGUUGACCAGCUGGUGGGAACUGGCUGCACCAAUAGACUCUGUUCCAAAACUUAGUGAGCUGCCUCUAAGAUACCCAGACAUCCCACCUCUCCCGGAAGGUCUGGGAGUCUCCCGCAUAUUGAAAGGGGGUUCCUGAUGCAAGCAAAUUAUAUACAAUAUCCCGGAAAUCAAUCAAGCGAGAGAGAAAUCCUGUUAUUAAGAUCCGUUUUCUGUGAACCGAUCACAUGUGGUCAGCCAAGACGCAUUACCGUUACACCUGGUAUUACAGUAUGAUGUGUUUCAAAUGUGUCUUCUCUGAUCACUUAGGGGAUGGGGGGUGUGAUGUAGCAUCUCCCAGAAAUGAGUUUUGCAGGGUGGGAUGUCUGGAUACCUCACUUUGAUCACAUUAUAAUGCAGUCCUUUAAUACAAUGCAAUAAACCUUUUACAAAGAAAUCAUUCAACAUGGCAGGCUAAGCACUUUAAUCAGUCUAAUUUAAAAUAAGGGCUAUAUUACCCAAUAUCUGUGUGUUAUUCAAUUCAAUUCAAUUCACAUUUAUUUGUAUAGCGCUUUUCACGAUACAUAUCAUUUCAAAGCAGCUUUACAGAGAAUGCAUGUCAACAUUACAGUUUAAAGAAUGCAGUUAGCAAAUAAU